AGGCUCAUUAAUUAUGGAGGCGCCUGACAGGGGUAGCUUCGCUUGCUUUGUUUCCAUGGUAGAUGAAAGGGGACAUGGAUCUUUCUGUUUUGCCCAAUAACAACCAUCCUGACAAAUUCCUGCAGCUUGAUGUGAAAUCUUUGAUGAGGAGCUCAACCCUUCUGCAGGCUAGCCUCGCGAGAUUUCCGGGUGGAAAUUAUCCUGCUACACAACACUGGCAAAACCUUGUCUACUCACAGAGCCCUGGGGCUUCUCUGAGGAAGUCUGUGAGCCGGAGAGAAAAGGCAGCGAGAGAGAAAAACAUUGCUACUCAACGCAUCAAGGGAUUUGGCGUGGAGAACCCAGCCCUUGCUGAGAGUCCUCCAGCAUCCAUGUCUUCUAUUAUGAAGAACAACCCGUUGUAUGGUGACAUAACUUUGGAAGAAGCUAUGGAAGAAAGGAAAAAGAGUCCUUCGUGGACCAUUGAGGAGUAUGACAAGCAUUCUGUGCAUACAAAUCUCUCUGGACAUCUGAAGGAAAACCCCAACGACCUGCGUUUUUGGUUGGGGGAUACAUACACUCCUGGCUUCGACACUCUGCUGAAAAAGAAGAAGAAACGCAACAAGCGAUCAAAACUGUGUCACAUGGGUCUGAUUUUACUACUCGUGGCCUCCAUCCUGGUUACCAUAGUGACUCUCAGCACCAUAUUCUCUUAAGGAAGCUGCAAACCCAUCUUUAAAGCUCUAAAAUGCCUUCUAAGUGCUUGCAAGAGAGUCUGUCUGUGCAUUGUGAACGUCCGCGUUGCUAACUGUGUGACCAAACACCAUUGCCCUUUAGAAUGUGAGCGCCGCUUGUGUUAUGCUGGCCUCUCUGCUUUGGUCUGUGAAGCCUGUAUGUCAUUCCAGUCGGGGUUCGUCCCUGUGAAGCAGGUAUUUCUGGGGCUCACAAUAUCAAAAGUCACUCCGUAUAGUUACAAUCAAGUUUUAGAUUGGGAGCGGACUGCGCCAAGUGCUGGCAGCGGCUGGUCUCCGUGCUUACCUGGUUUUCACAUCCUUCCUCCUCCUCCUCUUCCUCCUCCUCCUCCAGGCACUGGGGAAGCUGUAGUCCAUCUGCCCAACAGCUAGGGUGACAGGAAGGCUUCUGCUGAGCUAUCCCUCAGUUUAGAUCUGCUUUACUCUCCUUUAUCUCCGCUUAAGUUAAAGGCGGAUAAAGUGGGAGGGAGAUAUUGUUCAAACCUAUUCUAAUUUCCCCAGUGCUCCUUUCUGGAAACCUCAAUUUUAUGUUGCUGUUUUAGCAGGAACAAACUUGGUCAGCCACCGCAGCAGCAGCAAUUAUAUUACAUCCAAUCGUGCUUGUGGAUUGAUAGGAACUGGCAAGUGUGACCUCUAGUGGCAAUGGGCACGCAUUUACCAGCAAUAGGCGGUGGGGCACUGGAAAGAGUCCAGGAAUGCUGCCACCCCUGAGCAUUCAACUGAAUGACAGUCAGGCCUGAACAAAAGAUUGUCGGAGAAGGGAACUGGCUUAAGGAUUCUGUACGACAAGGAGGGGAGAAGAGCGGUUGGCUCUUAACCUGUAGCUUUUCCCUUAGUGGCAAUGUCGUCGUUUUUCUUUGUGUAUUGACAACCUUCUGCUGGGUGCAGAUACCUGGGAACAAGCCCCAGGAUACAAAGAACCAAAGUGUCUUUCUUCUCCUUCCUGAACAUUCUUGCCUAAGGCUCUCAGCGCCACUCCUAAUGCUAUUUAGUGUGUGAAAUAAGGCUUUUCCUCUUCUUCCCAAAGAGUGCGUCCUCUCGUGCCCCGUGAUAACGCCUUACUAUCUCGCUGUAUUGCUUAUAACGAUACUUGAAGCGAAGUAUAUAAAAAUGAGGGUUUACUGAACAAUAAAUUG